GGCCGCUUAGCAACGGUCCAGAAGGCCAAGGGAAGCCGUCCAGAGUGGGAGACGCGUGAGGAGCCAACCUGCAGAAAAUUAUUGCGUCCCGAAACUCGCUCUAUCAAAGAUGGCGAAAAUCAUUGAAUGCGUACCUAAUUUCUCCGAAGGGCGAGAUAAGUCUGUGAUCGACGCCAUCGCCGAGGCCGUGCGCGUGACCCCCGGGGUGACUCUCCUGGACGUGGACCCCGGCCACUCCACCAACAGGACCGUAUACACCUUCGUCGGAGACCCGGAGAGCGUGGUCCAGGCCGCCCUCAACGCUGCCAAGGUCGCCUUCAAGUUAAUCGACAUGACCAAGCAUAAAGGUGAGCAUCCGCGAAUGGGAGCGCUGGAUGUGUGUCCGUUCAUCCCAGUUCGGGGCGUGAGCGCGGAGGAGUGCGUGGGCGUCGCUAAGGUGUUCGGACAGCGUCUAGCGGAGGAGAUGGGCGUUCCCGUAUUCCUCUACGGCGCCGCCUCCACUAGAGACUACCGGAAGACGAUGCCGCAGAUCCGCGCCGGGGAAUACGAAGGCCUGAAGGAAAAAUUAAAAAAGGAAGAGUGGGGUCCUGAUUACGGAACGCGUGAUUUCGUUCCCAGUUGGGGCGCUACCGUGACUGGCGUCAGGAAGUUCCUUAUCGCUUACAACGUCAACAUGAUCGCCACCAAAGAGCAGGCACACCGGAUUGCCCUGAACCUCCGAGAGCAAGGCCGCAGUCCCGACCAGCCAGGACGUCUGAAGUGCUGCCAGGCCAUCGGGUGGUACUUGCAGGAGCAGAACAUCGCGCAGAUUAGCAUAAAUCUCACGGACUUCGAAGUCACGCCUGUGCACAUUGCGUAUGAAGAGGCCAAGAAGGACGCGGAGGACCUGAACCUCGCCGUCACGGGCUCGGAGAUCGUGGGCCUGGUUCCUCUGGAGGCGAUCCUGCAGGCUGCGGAAUACUACAUCGAAAAGGAGAAGCUGCUUAUCCUCGAGGAAGAACAGAAGGUCCACCUCGCCAUCAACCGCCUCGGCUUGACUACUAUAUCCUCCUUCAAUCCAAAGGAGAGGAUAAUUGAGUACUGCCUCGAGAAUCAAAACUCGAAUGCUCUGGCCAACAACACAGUGUCUCAGUUCAUCAGAAGUGUGGCAGCGCGCACGCCUGCACCAGGAGGCGGCUCCGUGGCCGCUACAGUCGCUGCCUUGGGUUCAGCACUAGGCGCCAUGGUGGGCCAGAUGACGUACGGCAAGCGGCAGUGGGAGGCCCUGGACAGCACCAUGAGGCGCCUCCUCCCGCCCCUCCACAACACGGCCGUCGACCUCAUACCCGCCAUCGACGCCGAUACCGCCGCCUUCAACGACUAUAUGGCCGCCCUUAAGUUGCCGCAGAAGACGGAGGCGGAGAAGGUGAAGCGGGAGGCGGCGGUGAAGGCGGCGACGGAGGCGACCAUCCGCGUGCCACUCUCCCUCAUGAGCGCGAUCAACGGCACUUGGGACGCCCUUGCGGAGAUGGCGGGGGUCGGAAACAUCAACUGCAGAUCCGACCUUCAGGUGGGUGCUCGGUGCCUAGAAGCUGGAUCCUGGGGCGCCUAUUAUAACGUGCUCAUCAACCUGGACAAUAUCACAGACCCAGCCACCAAAUCCAGCUACAUGGCCGAAGCGGACACCCUCCUACAACGAGCCAAGCAAGGGUGCAGUGCCGUGCUUCUGGCGGUGGAGAGGAGGCAGACGUAAACAAUGGGGAAGGGAGAAUAUCUCUAAAGGUUGAGGAGGAUUUGAGGCAUUUUAGCUCAAAUUUCAUCAUUUACUCUAUUCAAUUUGGAGGACGUAAAAUUAUAUAUGAACUAUUCCUGAAAGAUUCUUCCGUAAAUGAAAUUAAUUACUAACUUAAGUCGAUGUAUGAAUUAUGCUUUGUACGUGAGCUAAUCUUAAUAUUACAGAUUGUUAUCAAUGUUGCUCUCAAAUCCGUACCACGAAAUCACGUUGCUCAAUAAUCUGUUGCUCAAUGACAGGCAUGGGAAAUAUAUAGCCCUACAAUGAGAAAUAAAUGUUGAAUUCUGGUGGUAAUAAUCUGUUAUUUUCUUUCUGUACGUGUUAAAAUAUAUAAUGUGGAUAACCCUAAUUUAAUGAAAUCAAAGUUGAUUGCAUCCCUCAAACAUCAUAACAGUCUAAUCCUUAGCGAUAAAUAUAAAACUAACAAGUUUUCAUUCCUGACACUUUUAAGGUUCGUGUACAAAUAACCAUUCUUAAGCUUCAAAUUUAGUCAGCUACUCAGUGUGUACCCUUCUCACACGGAAAUAUACAUAUCUAUCUAAUCAUCUUUACCGAUUUAAUGAUCUAUUUACCUAACUAUCUAAUUAUCUAUUUACCUAAUUAUCUAAUUAUCUAUUUACCUAUGUAAUCAUAUAUUUCCCUAUCUAAUUAUCUAUUUCCCUAAUUAUGUAAUCACCUUUUCACCUAACUAUUUACCUAUCUAUUUCCCUAUCUAAUCAUCUGUUUAUCUAUCAAAUUAUCCCUACAUCUAUUUAAUUGUCUGUUAAACUCUCGACCUACCUGUCUCUAUUUAUCUAUAAGUAUAUACAUAUAGUAUAUAAAAUAGCUGUAUCUAAAUUAGUUCCGUUUUGAUGAAGCUAGCCCUCUUAAGCUUCACUGAUUAUCUGCUUCCUCUUCCUUACUAUCUUUUCAUCACGUAUUUCUCCAUGGAUGCUCCCUUAGUUCAAGGUUUCUGUGGGAGCUUCUUUCUCUUAUGUCUCUGCGAACUCCGAGAAUUCUUCUAACCUACUUCGUCACUUUCGUUUCUCGUGCCAGGACUGCCUCGAGCUCUGUAGUUCCUUUGUUUGAUUCACUGGUCUUGUAUUUUGUUGUUUCUUUUGGCAAUACAUGUAAAAUAUCUCAAAUGCAAAUAUCCAUCUUUAAAUGAGAAAUGUUUGUCGUAAAUGACUGAAGAAAUCACUUGGCAUUAUAUUCAUAAGUGAAAACUGAAAUGAUAUCGUAUGGUAUGUGGCAUGACUGAUAUUCAUUUAAUGCUGGAUAUAAACACAAACAUGAAAAUAAUCUAUCAAAGAGUCUGGAAUCAA